CGCCAAUUCAACUUAUUGUGCUUCGCAAACCAUUCUUUCAUGUUGCUUCUGUCACAUCACUUCACGCCGGAACUCGGUACAAUAGGCCAACAUGCUUUACCUUGUCGGUCUCGGCCUCGCCGAUGAGACAGAUAUCACUGUCAAGGGACUGGAGAUAGUGAAGCACGCAGAAAGAGUCUACCUUGAAGCAUACACCAGCAUUCUUCACGUUGGGAAGGAUAAGUUGUCAAGGUAGGAGUCAUUCUAUGGACGGCCCGUGAAUGUAGCGGACCGCGAAAUGGUCGAAUCCUCUAGCGACGAGAUCCUGGAAGGGGCGGACAAGGCAGACAUUGCGUUUCUGGUUGUUGGCGAUCCAUUCGGGGCGACAACUCACACAGAUCUCGUCCUUCGGGCCCAGGAGCUCUCCAUCCCCGUCAAAUCCAUUCCCAAUGCCUCCAUUCUCAAUGCCAUCGGUGCAACCGGCUUACAGCUCUAUAACUUUGGCCAGACCGUCUCCAUGGUCUUCUUUACCGAGAACUGGAAACCGGCCAGCUUCUACGACCGCAUCCGAGAAAAUGCCUCCAUUGGCUUGCACACCUUAAUGCUACUGGAUAUCAAGGUGAAAGAGCAGUCACUCGAGAAUAUGGCAAGAGGAAGAAAGAUUUACGAGCCUCCACGCUACAUGACUGUGAUGCAGUGUGCCCAGCAAAUGCUGGAAAUAGAGGAUGAGAAGAAAGAGAACGUCUAUGCAGCAGACAGUCUAGCCAUCGGCUGCGCCAGAGUCGGUGCAGAUGAUCAACAAUUUGCCUGCGGAACACUGAAAGAGCUAUGUGAUGUUGACUUGGGCGCUCCGCUCCACAGCCUCGUGCUUCUCGGAAGAAGAGCGCAUGAGUUGGAGAAGGACUACAUUAAGAAAUUUGCGGUAAACCCAGAGACCUUCGAGCAGAGUUGGAAGAAGUACCAUGGCAGGAACCAUUGAAUUCAUCUCGUGGGUGCUGAAUGCCAGACGAGUGAAGUGGACAGACUUUUGCAAGUAAAAGAGAGGCAUGAGGCGGACUCGGGGCUGCAUUGGCUAAGAGCACCUGCUAGAAGCGAGUACUGGGCCCUUUCAGGUCUGCUAGGACGCAAUCUUGACGUCUCAGCUGGCUGGUUUCGAGCUGCGUUGUUUCUGCUUCAUUUGCCGAAUGUGGACGAGAGGAUAUAUGAGCCAACCAUGAACCCGAGGCUGGACUGGUCGCUGACGAGGACACAAUUGAUAUUGAGGCAAGUUGAACUUCGCCUGGUGGUCAGAUCCUGCAUCAACGGGCGUCUAUCUCAGACAGGUCAGUAGAAUGAGGACGCGUAGGAAAUGUGAAGAUUGCCUGAAUCGAGCCAGACGGAGUCGUGGGCAUUGUCUAGACUCAUCUCUAUUGGACCCCUCUGUCAAUUCGCUUGAUGGCGAGGCUGAGAAUAAGGAGGAG